GACGAGGAGGAGGAGGAGGAGGAGGACGGAGAGGAGGAGGAGGAGGAGGAGGAGGAGAGAGCAGAGUGUACCGCAGACAUCAUUUCUACUACAGUGGCGGAGCCGUACAGGACCUGUUUCACUGCAGGGGGAUCCAAAACAGCCCCGUGGAGCAGCCGCCCGAGCUACAGCAGCCGCAAGACACUGUUUCUCUCCCUCUGCCCCCCCUUCCCCACGCAACCCCAGAUCCAUUUACACUUUACAGAGCAUCGUGCAGCAAGUCGCCAGGGUGGUCCGUUCGAGCCGCGGAUUUGUGUGUCAUCCUUGCAAGGCGGUCUCCUCUUCCACGGCCACUACAGGGAAGUGCAUCACAUAUCAGAAGAAAGUGGUUCACGAAGAAGUCUGCAUUUGACCUGGUAACGAUUGGCCGUUGGUGUGUUAAGCCCGAGCCUGAUUGUCUUCGUUGUCACCUUUCCCUUAAUGCGAUGAGACCGUUUCGCUGCCAAACUGUGACCCAUACUGGAGCAAAAUGAAAGAAUUUAUUCUGAGGCCUCAAAAGUUAUGCUGCUACAGACCAUGAGCGAGAAGGAGUAGACUUCAGCCUGCGCGGAUGGUCUUCAAACACAAACGGCUGUGGGUCUAGGCAUUUUACACUGAAUUUUUCUACUACCACCCCCUCCACUCAAGCAAAAUCUGUGUGGAAAGAUCCACUGGGAAGGAACUGACUGCUUAUGUUUCUCCAGUGUGACGAAAACACAUGGUACAGUUUUCCAAAGAAAUUAGUCCUUUUUCUGGGUGAAACGAAACCAGUCUGCUGUUUUCAUAGGGGAUUUCUCACUCCUCUGGAAGGAAGAAAGAACACGCCUGAGCCCAGGAGCGCUCCAGCUUCUUGUGGGAAGUCUCCAUGGUGAAGGCUAAGCCAGGGCUACCUGCGAACAGCGCGCAGUGAAUGUCCUUCCAGAGCUGCGGCCGGUGGAUCGAACCCACGAGGAGAUGAUUCCUCAUGAAGAGCCUGGAUCCCCUACAGAAAUCAAAUGUGACUUUCCAUGUAUCAGACUAAACCCAGAGCCAGCCAGACAGUGAAACAGUCACCGUGGAGGGGGGACGGCGAAAAAUGAAAUCCAACCAAGAGCGGAGCAACGAAUGCCUGCCUCCCAAGAAGCGCGAGAUCCCCGCCACCAGCCGGCCUUCUGAAGAGAAGGCCGCCGGGCUGCCGAGCAACAACCACCGGGCGGAGGCUGGGGCAUGGCUCCCGGGCAACCCCGGGGGCCGCGCCCACGGGGGCGGCAGGCACGGCCCGGCGGGGACUUCGGGGGAGCUCGGUUUACAACAGGGAAUAGGUUUACACAAAGCGCUGUCCACGGGGCUGGACUACUCCCCGCCCAGCGCGCCCAGGUCCGUCCCGGCAACCAGCACGCUGCCCGCGGCGUACCCUCCCCCGCAGUCAGGGACGCCAGUGUCCCCCGUGCAGUACGCUCACCUGCCACACACCUUCCAGUUCAUCGGGUCCUCCCAGUACAGCGGGCCCUACGCCGGGUUCAUCCCUUCACAGCUGAUCUCCCCGACGGCCAGCCCCGUCACCAGUGCCGUGGCCUCUGCCGCGGGGGCCACCACUCCAUCCCAGCGCUCCCAGCUGGAGGCCUAUUCCACUCUGCUGGCCAACAUGGGCAGUCUGAGCCAAGCCUCAGGACACAAGGCUGAGCAGCAGCCACAGCACCUGGGUAGGACGCCGGGGCUCAUCACGCCGGGGUCCCCCCCACCCGCGCAGCAGAACCAGUACGUCCACAUCUCCAGCUCUCCGCAGAGCGCCGGGCGCACGGCCUCUCCUCCGGCCAUCCCCGUCCACCUCCACCCGCACCAGACGAUGAUCCCACACACGCUCACGCUGGGGCCCUCCCCCCAGGUCGUAGUGCAAUACACCGACUCCGGCAGCCACUUUGUGCCGCGCGAGGCCGCCAAGAAAGCCGAGAGUGGCAGGCUGCAGCAGGCCAUGCAGGCCAAGGAGCUCCUGAACGGGGAGGUGGAGAAGGGCCGGAGGUAUGGGGCCCCCCCGAGCUCGGCCGACCUCGGCUUGGUGAAGGCCAGCAAGUCCCUUCCUCACCCGUACGAGUCCAGGCACGUGGUGGUCCACCCCAGCGCCGCCGACUACGGCGGCCGGGACUCCUCGGGGGUCCGGGCCUCUGUGAUGGUCCUGCCCACCAGCAACACCCCCGCCGCGGACCUGGAGGUGCAGCAGGUCACGCACCGGGAGGCCUCCCCCUCCACCCUCAACGACAAAAGCGGCCUGCACCUAGGGAAGCCUGGGCACCGGUCCUACGCGCUGUCACCCCAACAGGCUCUGGGCCCCGAGGGCGUGAAGGCCGCUACCGUCGCCACGCUGUCCCCCCACACGGUCAUCCAGACCCCACACAGCGCCUCGGAGCCUCUCCCGGUGGGACUGCCAGCCACCGCCUUCUAUGCGGGGACGCAGGCGCCGGUCAUCGGCUACCUGAGUAGCCAGCAGCAAGCGAUCACUUACGCCGGCAGCCUGCCCCAGCACCUGGUGAUCCCCGGCACGCAGCCCCUGCUCAUCCCGGUGGGCAGCGCCGAUGUGGAGGGGUCAGGAGCAGCCCCCACGAUAGCCACCUCGUCGCCCCAGUUCGCGGCCAUGCCUCACACCUUCGUCACCACCGCCCUUCCCAAGAGCGAGAACUUCAGCCCCGAGGCCCUGGUCACGCAGGCCGCCUACCCCGCUAUGGUGCAGGCCCAGAUCCACCUGCCUGUGGUGCAGUCGGUGGCGUCCCCUGCCUCCGCGCCGCCCACGCUGCCCCCCUACUUCAUGAAAGGCUCCAUCAUCCAGUUGGCCAAUGGGGAGCUGAAGAAGGUGGAGGACCUAAAGACGGAAGACUUCAUUCAGAGUGCGGAGAUCAGCAGUGACCUGAAGAUUGACUCCAGCACGGUGGAGAGGAUCGAGGACAGCCACCACCCCGGCGUGGCCGUGAUCCAGUUUGCGGUUGGGGAGCACCGAGCACAGGUCAGCGUGGAGGUUUUGGUAGAGUACCCUUUUUUUGUGUUUGGACAGGGCUGGUCAUCCUGCUGUCCAGAGAGAACCAGCCAGCUCUUUGAUCUGCCGUGUUCCAAACUCUCAGUUGGGGAUGUCUGCAUCUCGCUGACCCUCAAGAACCUGAAGAACGGCUCUGUUAAAAAGGGCCCGCCGGUGGAUCCCGCCAGCGUCCUGCUGAAGCAUUCAAAGACCGACAUCCUGGCAGGCAGCAGACACAGGUACGCGGAGCAGGAGAACGGCAUCAACCAGGGAAGUGCCCAGAUGCUGUCUGAGAAUGGCGAACUCAAGUUUCCGGAAAAAAUAGGAUUGCCUGCAGCGCCCUUGCUCACCAAAACAGAACCCAGCAAGCCCACAGCGACGAGGAAGAGGAGGUGGUCGGCCCCGGAGACCCGCAAACUGGAGAAGUCAGAAGACGAGCCACCUUUGACUCUUCCUAAGCCUUCUCUAAUUCCUCAGGAGGUUAAGAUUUGCAUUGAAGGCCGGUCUAAUGUAGGCAAGUAGAGGCAGUGUGGGGAAAAGGAAAUUCGGCUCUCCCUUAUCAUUUGUAUCCAGAUUACUGUACUGUAGGCUAAAUAACACAGUAUUUACAUGUUACCCUCUUUAGGUUUCUGUUCUAACCUUGUCAUUAGAGUUACAGCCGGUGUUGCACAGGAGACCGGUGCACUUGCUUUUCCAGGAGUGUCUGGCAAUGACAGUGGGGGGGGGGGGCGGGGCGGGGCAGGGCCCCCCCCACCCCGCGCGCAGGCUCCGGGCGUCCCGGUAGAAACGAAAUGUGGCUUGCGAGCACCUGCCUUUUCCAGCCGCACAGAAGCCUCCACUGGGCGCUGACUUCCGCCACUUACCAACCCCCACCCCACCCCGAGAAAGUUCUGCGGGGCAGGGAGCUGUGGGGGCGGGGGUGGGCGCGCGCGUGCGCGCGCACGUGUGGGGGGGCACAGGUGCAUGGCCAGGGAGGCUCCCCUUCCCUCCGCCUCCCUCUGUCCCACUCUCUCCGGCCCUCAGCGCGGGCCCGGAGGUCCAGGGGGAAGGUCCUCGGGAGGUUCUGCUGUGCAAAACAAACAUCAGGAAUCCAGCUGCAGGGCACGCUAGAGAGGCCUCAGACAGCACAUGGAAAGCUAACCGUGUAAAAGAUCCUUUUUUUUUUCCUCCAACAUAUUUUACAAUAAAAGCAACUUUUAAUCCUAUAGAUAUAUAUUUCCCCCUAUGGGGCCUGACUGCACUGAUAUUUUUUUAGAGCAACUGCCACACGUGGGAUUUCGUUUCUGCUUUUACUAGGGCAGUGAUGUCUCCAGGGUGUCCCGGUGGGCUGGGCGGCUUCUGCUUGUCGCGCCCCGCACGGUGAGGGGGGCGGCGGCCGGGGUGGCAGAGGGUGGACACCCAGUAUGGAUUCCGUGCAGUGUUAGGAAAACCAAUCAGGUUAUCACAUUGACUUCGCUCCCAAGAGGUAGACGCAAACUGCCCUUCAGACGCUGCGGGAGCUCUUCUUCGCAUUGGGUUUGCAAAUCUUGUCUUUUAACUCUAGUACUGUUUAUAGUUCAUGACUAUGGACAACUCGGGUGCCACUUUUUUCAGAUUCCAGUGUGACGUGAGGAAUUAGAUUUUGAAGAUGAGCAUAUAUAUUACUAUCUCUAAGCACUUAAAAUGCUGUUCACACUUUAUUACCAAGCAUCUUGGUCUAUCAUUCAACAAGUACUGUAUCUCCCUUUAAACUCUUUGGGAAGAAAAACAAAACAAAACAAAAAAAAAAAAACUAAGUUGCUUUCUUUUUUUCAACACUGUAACUACAUUUCAGCUCUGCAGAGUUUCUCACGAGCAAGAUAUUGGAAGUUUCAAUGUGGUUUAAAGGGAUGAAUGUGAAUUAUGAACUAGUAGGUGACAAUGAAUGACCACCGAGUACAGCCUGACAGAAGGCACUUUUCACUUUGAUGUUUGAGAAAGAAUUAAAGGCAUAUGCAGAGCUGGCAGAGAAACUGAGAGAAAAGGGAUGGAAAAAAGAA